UUCCAGGAAGUCCCUUUUGCAAUGUGCGGUCUUUGGCGCUUGAUCGUUCGGUGAAACACACAAAACACUUAGAACACGUGUCCCGUGAUAACAACACACCGUCGCGUGCUAAACAUGUCGGGCCGUGUUGCAUGACGGUGCGAGCUGCGGUCGGCGAGCUGCUGCCAUCAUGUCGGACUGGCUCGGUGUGUGUGUGCUGCUCAGCCUGUUGCUCAGUGUCCUCACAGCGGCUGCCUGUGUGUUGUACUCCGGCCUCCUGUCCGACAUCACGGUGCUCACCGGCUCCGCGCCCAUCAAGAAGAUCACGUUCGCGUACAAGUUCACGGAGGGACCGUACCGAGCGUGCGGGCCACUUUUAAACGAGUCCCACAGGAUCGGACCAAAGCUCUCAUCCAUUGGAGUUUUUUACGAUGACCCUAAAACGGUGCCUGGACCACAGUGCCGCUGUGCCAUCGGCAGUAUUCUGAGUGAAGGAGAAAACAAGGCCGACGAGGAGCUUCUGAAGCGCUAUGAGACGUCUGGCUUUAAUGUUUAUUCUUUUCCUGAAGUCACACACGUGGUCACUACCUCGUUACCCCACAGGACGUUUUUCUCUAUUCUCCUGAGAGUGUGGAGAGUCUACCCACGGCUUGGGCUCUACAUCAAGGAGAGGAGGCUGUGUGCACACCCGUUCCUUGAGAUCUACAGGGGGGAUCAGAUCCAGUUCAUGGCCCCCUUGGCCCGGCAGGGAGAUUUCUACGUCCCUGAAGCCCGGCAGGUAGAAAGGAGGCUCUCAGAACAAGAGGAAUCCCACAGUGAUACAGACGUCUCAGGUGCAGACUCGAACAGUGAAUACAGCUCAGGGAGUGGGGUUCUCCUGUCAGACAGCAGAGAGUCGUCCCCGGCGGGUUCCUUGGUCCACUCUGUGGAAGACGGGGAUAGAGAGUACAGAGGGAGAAGCUCGAGGGGAACCUCGCUGAAAGAGCUGGACGCGGAGCUGGCCGGCAGACGCGAGUCGGAAGAAAGAGAGGCGGGGCUUCGUGAAGACUCUGUCCAGAAGAGCCCGGAGGUUCCCGCUCAGCAGUGGUUGGGUGUCGUUGGAGGGGAGGAGUGAAAGUUCAGAGACAUAUUUGUUAGGGAUCAGAGAAUAAAGGGAUUGGGGGAAGCUAUUCUUUAUUUUUAUUAUUGUAUGGAAAUCACAUGAAAAGACUAAAACCAAUUACAUGUUGGUCAGUUUCUGCCUUGAAAGACCUGUCUGUCUUAGAGAAGUUGCAAAUGAUAGUAAAACUGGAGUUCUUGUUGGGAAUUAUUUAAUCCACAUUUGCUAUGAUAUUGACUAGUUUAGUAACAGCAUCGCAUCCAUUCAAAACUAGAAUGGCAAUUAGAGAGCAAAUAUCUGUCACAUUUAAAUUCACAAGAUCUGGAUUUAUAUUUGGAUUUGCACCAAAUUGCACACACUCAUAAAUAUCAGUGCUUGACUUUUUUCAUCAUGAUCCAUGAAUUAUUCUCUGAGAGAAUGAGGAAAAUGUUACUUAUGGUCUUUUCAUAGGAUUUGUUGACGGUAACAAAAAAUAUGGAAUAAUCCCCAGACUUAUCCUUGAAUCUUUGAAUGCCACAGUUUCAAUGUGAAAGUGUUGACAGAAAACCAAACAUUAUUCAGGUCCUCAGAGUUUCUACAAACAUUUUUUACAGAAGUGAGGCUGUAUGUCAGAAUCAUAGACGACUGAGCGGAGUAUUUGUUAGCCAAAGCAUUUUACUUGAAUGUCACAAUUAAUAUUUUAUCUCUCCAUCUGAAAUGAUUAUAGCCAUUUGUUUGAAACAUGUCUUUAUUUUGCUGGACAACUAGAUAUUUGUUUUUUUUAAAGGAUUGUUACACAGAUUUAAACAUGUAGAGUUAAGUUCAUUUCAAGUAAAUUUUGUGACUUGUUUACAAAGGAUGUUUUUAAUAACUGAGAGAAGUGUUUUGAGCACAUAGACCUCACAAAGUGUUCUUCACUGUUUUCAUGUUUUUAAUAUUUGUGCACUUUGUUAUGAAUAUUAUAAUGUGCAUUUUAAAUGACUGUUUGGGGCACAAUGUGAAUGAAUGCAUAAUUACCUUCUUCCUGGCCACUUCUAAGAUUUAGAACAUUAUUAUUAUAAGUGUGCAGCCAAGACUAGUGGGCUGAUCAUUAAUAUUCAUUCCACUACGACUGAAAGCAAAGCUCUGACUCUACCUAUAGAACUUGACCUAGAGUCACUCUACAUCUGGCCUGUGGUAUCUUUAUGCCCCCACAUUGAUCCCCAGCUUUUUCAUUUUCUGUUUAGAAUAUUUGAUUUUGCUGUUUCUUUGCACAGGCUAAUUUCUGUUUGCUUGUUCUGCCUCCAUCUCUCGUUCCUCUUUGAAAUAAAUAUGGCAGCUUCCACCUCAAAGACCA